CGUUAUGGGCGGGGCUUGAGGCGGCGUGGGGCGGGGCUUGCGGUCGACGCACGGAACGCGGAGUGAGCGAGGAACGCUGUGCGGUCGCGUUCCGUAGCCGGCAACCCCUGGCUGAUCAUGGACCCCGAGUGCUCCCGGCUGCUCCCGGCCCUCUGUGCUGCACUGGCGGAUCCCAGGCAGCCCCUGGCAGAUGACACCUGUUUAGAGAAACUGCUGGACUGGUUUAAAACUGUCACAGAGGCGGAGUCCAGUCUCCUGCUGCUGCAAGAGAACCCUGCCUUGGUGGAGCUUCUGUCCCAUGUGCUGAAGUCACAGGACAUGAGUUCCAGGGUCCUUUCUUUUUCCCUGCGCCUUGCUGGAACAUUUGCAGCCCAGGAGGACUGCUUCCUGUACCUGCAGCAGGGUGAGUUGCUGCUAGGACUGUUUGGGGAGGGCGGCCCCCAGUGCUGGGCAGCCUGGAGCGUGCCUACUGUGCGUAGCGGCUGGAUCCAGGGCCUGCGCUCCUUGGCACAGCACCCCUGUGCCCUGCACUUCCUGGCUGACAGCGGUGCUGUGGACACCAUCUUCUCCCUGCAGGGAGACCCCAGCCUGUUUGUGGCCUCGGCUGCCAGCCAGCUCCUGGUGCACACCUUGGCUCUGUCCAUGCAAGCUGGAACCACGGGGUGCUCCGGCCUGUGGGACGGGGUGUGGCCUGCCUGUGCCCAGAAGAUUAUGGGCCAUUUGGAAGAGUCCUUGCAAUCCACAGCUGCCCCGCAGGUCACACAGGCCCUGAAUGUCCUGACUUCUACUUUUGGGCGCUGCUACAGCCCGUGGACCGAGACCCUCUGGGGACAGCUGUGUCCCCUUGUGGCCCGCCUGCUGGAGAGGACCCCCAUCCCAGCUGCACACUCACUUGUGGAUCUCCUCCUCAGUGUGGCCCGGUCUCCAGCGCUCAGCUCUUCCCAUGGCAGACUGUGGGAGGCAGUAGCUCAGGCUCUACGCUGCCUAAGCCCCAUGCAAGCUGGGUCUCUGGCCUUGGGGAUGCUGAAACUCCCGCACUGUCCCCAGGCACUGAGGGUCCAGGCCUUCGGAGUCCUCCUCCAGCCUCUGGCCUGUGUUGUAAAGGCCACUGCCCAGGCACCUGGUCCCCCAGGCUGUUCCAUGUGGCCUCCAGGUUGGCUGGACGGGGCUGAAGGCAGCUCCCUGACAGUGGACACGCUUCUAUCUUCCAAGUCGGCCUGUGUGGGGAUCCUGUGCCAGACCCUGGCCCAACUGGAAGAGCUGCAGCCACUGCCCCAGCGCCCAGCGCCCUGGCCCCAAGAGCCACUGCUGGGCGCUGCUGUGACCAUACUGCGGCUUUGCCACGGCUCCGCAACUCCCAGCUCCAGUGGCGGUGGCCGCCUUUGUGCCACUCUGGCAGGCUGCGUUCGUGUCCAGCGAGCUGCCCUUGACUUCCUGGGGACCCUUUCUCAGGAGACACGCUCCCAGGAGUUGGAGAAGGAGGUGUUUGCUGUCCUGUCAGAGUACCUUGGAAGCCCUGACUCCAGUCCCACGGUCUUGAAGAAGGCCUUCCAAACCACACUCAGAUGGCUUCUGAGCUCUCCCAGAACCCCUGGCUGCCCUGACCUCGGCCCCCACCCUCUGCUAUUCCUCAGAGAGCUGUUCCCUGUGCUGCAGAAGCGCCUGUGUAGCCCCAGCUGGGAGGUGCGUGACUCGGUGCUGGAGUUCCUCACGCAGCUCAGCCGGCACUGGGGAGGCCAGGCAGACUUCAGGCGGGCGCUGCUGGCAUCUGAGGUGCCCACGCUCACCCAGCAGCUGCUCCAGGACCCUGAGAGCUAUGUCCGGGCCAGCGCGGUGGCCGCCGCCGGGCAGCUGUCUAGCCGGGGCUUACAGGCCGCCCCCGACAGUCCUGAGCACCCACAGGCCCAGCAGGGCCUGCUCGGGGAGCUCCUGUGCAUCCUAUCCACUGACUCUGAGGGCUUUCCGAGGAGGGCUGUCGUGCAGGUCUUCACUGAGUGGCUGAGGGACGGCCAUGCUGAUGUGGCCCGGGACACAGAGUGGUUUAUUGCCACCGUGCUCCAGGUAGUAAGCCAGGACCUGGACUGGGAGGUCCGGGUGCAGGGCCUGGAGCUGGCGCAGGUGUUCCUGGUGCAGAGGCUGGGCCAGCCCCGCUGUCCCUACAUGGUGGCCCUGCCGGAGGCUGCCUCAGCCACCCCAGUCCCCGAGGUGCUACAGAGUCUCUGCCGGUUGCGGCUCUUUGACUUUGCCUUCCGGGCCUUGCUCGACUGUGACCGACCUGUGGCCCAAAAGGCCUGUGACCUCCUCCUCUUCCUCAAGGACAAGACUGCCAUGUGCAGUGGCCUGCAGGAGGCAGGGGACAUCCCAGGCUCGGCCUCGGGGCAAGUCACCCUACAGAGAUGGCGGGCCGGGGAGCAAGACCAGCUCCCCAGAGACUUGCAGCCCGAGGCCAUGCUGGCCCUGCUGAGGUCCACAGACCUGGAGGGACUGCAGGCCCGGCUGGCUCAGAGCAGUGACCAUAUGGAGAAGAGCCCCCAGUCCCUCCUGCAGGACAUGCUGGCCACAGUGGGUGCGCUGGGGGAAAAUGAGGCCGAUUGCUACUGAGCUGUGUGGCCUCCCUGUUCCGGCCUCUGGUGUCCCUGAGCUCUAGCCCAAGCUGGCUGCACCAAAGCCUCUAGAGAAUGGAUCAAGCCUGGCCUGGUGAGACACACCUGUAAUCCCAGUAUUUAGGAUACUGAGGGCAAGGAAGGUCACAAGUUUGAGGCUUGCUUGAGCUUCAAGAUCUGAUCUCAAAAAAGGAAAUACAAAUUCCCACAUUUUGAUGUGUUAUUAAAGAAGUGUUUUUAUUUUCUAUUCAAA